AUGGCCGGUCCGAACAACGGAAUCGUUCUAUAUCACUACUCAUUCUCCCCAUUUGCCAGGAGGAUCCUGUGGUAUCUCAGCCUCAGAGGUUUGGACUAUGCUGAAUGUAAACAACCGCCGGUCAUGCCUCGGCCGGAUCUCAGCGUCUUGGGCGUCAAAUACAGAAGAAUCCCUGUAAUGACCAUUGGCCGUGAUGUCUACUGCGACAGUCGCAUCAUCCUUCGCAAACUGGAAGAGUUGUUCUCAGAGGGCGCUCUGGGUGCAUCAAGCGGCGAAGAGAAGGCCAUUGAGAAGUUUCUGGAAAUCUGGAGCAUAGAGGGAGGACUCUUCACACGGGCAUCACAGCUGAUCCCGACGAGCAUGCCGCUUUUGAACGACCCCAAAUUCACCAAAGACCGAGAAGAGUAUUCUGGCCGACCAUGGAGCAAGGAACACAUUGCCGAGAAUAGACCGGAGGCUUUGGCAGCCAUCAGAAGCGGAUUUAAGUUCCUCGAGACCACUUUGCUGGCAGACGGGCGGAAAUGGGUACUCAAGACGGAAAAGCCGACUCUGGCCGACAUUGAAGGGGCUCUUCCCCGGGAGUUGAUCUCUGACAAGAAAUAUCCCAAGGUAUUUGCGUGGAUUGCCAGGUUCAAUGAUGCUCUCAAGGUUGCCAAAGCCCAGGCGCCGAAACCGGCCUCUUUGAAAGGUGACGCUGCGGCUGAGCGGAUCCUCAACGCUUCCUUCGUGGACAAGGACUUGGGCGUCGACCCCGCAGAUCCUCUCGGUCUGCCGCAAGGGACUGAGGUGGAAGUGUUUCCAAUUGACUCAGGCACCCAACAUCAUGAUCGCGGCCGCCUUGUUGGGUUGACAGAGGAUGAAGUUGUCCUGAGCACCCAAGCCAAGGGCAAGGAAGUCCGCCUGCAUUUCCCCCGGACCGGGUUCCGCAUCAAAGCAGUCACUGGUGGAGGUGCGUCGAAACUGUGA